CAGAGGAUGAGCAGGUCACGUGCACUUCUCGUAAGUCUCCGAUUGGCCAAGGCUUUCACCCCCGGCACUGCGAGGCCUGUGAUACCGGCUGGUGGAGAACUCUGGGCACCGAAUCAGCGAGACAUGCCUGCCAGGAACUCUCACAAAGCCGCCUGCCCGUGCCCCGCCGCUCGGGGUGAUAAUACCGGGGGCAGGAUGGAGUCUGAGGCAGGAGAGAACACCGAGGACGCCGAUAUCAUUAAAUCUCCCAGUGACCCCAAGAAAUACCGGUUUAUACAGCUUGACGGUGGCCUUAGGGUUUUGCUGAUCUCUGAUAUGACAUCUCUCGGUCACACUGCCUCUGGUUGCUCUGAUGAUGAAGAAGAAGAUGACGAUGAAGAUGAUGAUGAAGAAGAUGACUCUGAGGAAGACAGUGAAGGAGAAGAAUCUGAGGGUGAUGAGGAGGAGGAGGAUGAGGAUGAGGAGGAGGAUGAAAAUGAGGAAUCGGACAGCUUGCAUUCCAAGGACAAGAAAGGCUGUACAGAAAAGCUGUCUGCAGCUGCACUUUGCAUUGGAGUGGGGAGUUUCAGUGAUCCGGAGGACCUGCCAGGAUUAGCGCACUUCUUGGAACAUAUGGUGUUCAUGGGCAGUGAAAAAUACCCAGAUGAGAAUGGCUUUGAUGCUUUCCUUAAAAAACAUGGUGGCAGUGACAACGCCUCCACUGACUGCGAACGCACCAUCUUCCAGUUUGAUGUACAGCGGAAACAUUUCAAAGAGGCUUUGGAUCGAUGGGCACAGUUCUUCAUUGCACCACUGAUGGUCAGAGAUGCCAUUGAUCGGGAAGUGCAGGCUGUGGAUAGCGAAUAUGAGCUUGCUCGGCCCUCAGACUCUAAUCGUAAGGAGAUGCUUUUUGGAAGUUUGGCAAAGCCUGGCCAUCCAAUGGGCAAAUUCUUUUGGGGAAAUGCACAAACUCUCAAGUAUGAACCUGAAGAAAAGAAUAUAGACACACAUGCCCGCCUCAGGGAAUUCUACAGAAUGUACUACUCAGCCCAUUAUAUGACCCUGGCUGUACAGUCUAAUGAGACCCUGGAUACACUAGAAGAAUGGGUACGAGAGAUCUUCUGCAAAGUUCCAUCCAACGGCUUACAAAAGCUUGAUUUUAGUCACCUGACAGAACCAUUUGACACCCCUGGAUUUAAUUCACUUUAUAGAGUUGUCCCAAUAAAAAAGGUUCAUGCUUUGACUAUAACAUGGUCCCUUCCUCCCCAGGAAAAGUUUUACAAGGUGAAGCCCCUUCACUACAUUUCUUGGCUUAUUGGUCACGAGGGAAAAGGCAGUAUUCUCUCUUUGCUGCGUAAGAAGUGUUGGGCUCUGGCUCUGUUUGGAGGUAACAGUGAGACUGGGUUUGAGCAAAACACAACAUAUUCAGUCUUCAGCAUUUCCAUAACACUGACAGAUGCAGGAUAUGAACACUUCUAUGAGGUUACGCACAUUGUGUUCCAGUAUAUCAAAAUGCUGCAACAGCUGGGUCCACAAGAAAGGAUUUUCCAGGAAAUCCAGAAGAUUGAAGCCAAUGAGUUUCACUAUCAGGAACAGACUGAUCCCAUUGAGUUUGUAGAGAAUAUUUGUGAGAACAUGCAACUAUUUCCCAAAGAAGAUUUCCUAACUGGAGACCAGCUGCUCUUUGAAUACCACCCUGAUGUAAUUGCCGAUGCUCUUCGAGGCCUUACUCCUGAUAAAGCAAAUCUGUUGCUUCUUUCUCCUGCCAAUGAGGGAAAGUGUGACCUGAAGGAGAAAUGGUUUGGCACUCAGUACAAUGUUGAAGGCAUCAGUUCACAAUGGAAAGAUCUGUGGGCCACCGACUUCCCAUUAAAUGCAGACCUCCAUCUUCCAGCAGAAAACAAGUUCAUCGCCACCGACUUCAAUCUGAAGACCUCUGACCGUCCAGACAUGGAUUAUCCAGAGAAGAUUGUGAACAUUGAGCAGGGCUGCUUGUGGUACAAAAAGGACAACAAGUUUAAGAUACCUAAAGCUUAUAUGCGCUUUCAUCUCAUCUCUCCAUUGAUCCAACAGUCACCUGAAAACUUGGUUCUGUUUGACAUUUUUGUCAAUAUUCUGGCUCACACACUGGCAGAACCCGCCUAUGAAGCAGAUGUCGCUCAGCUCGAAUAUAAACUGGUGGCCGGAGAACAUGGCCUGGUCAUCAAAGUGAAGGGGUUCAACCACAAGCUUUCACUUCUGUUUGAAUUGAUCAUUGACCACCUGGCAGACUUCGUAGCUUCUCCUGAUGUAUUUGAGAUGAUCACACAGCAGCUGAAAAAGACCUACUUCAAUCUCCUUAUAAAACCAGAGAAACUUGGCAAAGACGUUCGCCUCAUCAUCCUGGAACAUAAUCGCUGGUCUAUGAUUGAGAAAUACAGUACCAUUUUGAAGGGUGUGAGCUUGGAGCAGCUGAACUCUUUCGUAGCCCAGUUAAAGUCUCGUCUUUAUGUGGAGGGCUUGGUACAGGGCAACUUCACUAGUAAGGAGUCUGCAGCGUUCUUGAACUAUGUCACCAGUAAGCUGCAGUAUCGGCCUCUGGAACAGAUGAUUCCCGUGCAGUUCCAGGUAGUAGAGCUUCCAACUGCUCAUCACUUGUGUAAAAUCAAGUCCCUGAAUAAAGGGGAUACCAACUCUGAGGUCACUGUGUACUACCAGUCUGGUGCCAAGAAUUUACGGGAACACACACUGAUGGAACUCUUGGUGAUGCAUAUGGAAGAACCUUGCUUUGAUUUUCUGAGGACAAAGCAGACAUUGGGGUACCACGUGUAUCCAACCUGCAGAAACACUUCUGGAAUUCUGGGAUUUUCAGUCACAGUGGAAUCACAAGCAAAUAAGUACAACUCUGAAGUGGUGGACAAGAAAAUAGAAGAGUUUCUGGUCUGCUUUGGUGAAAAAAUCAACAACUUGACUGAUGAAGCUUUUAGCACACAGAUAAAGGCUUUGAUAAAGCUGAAGGAGUGUGAGGACACCCAUCUUGGAGAGGAGGUGGACAGGAACUGGGCGGAAGUGCUGACUCAGCAGUAUCUGUUUGACCGCCUGGAACAUGAGAUCGAGGCCUUGAAGACCUUUAAAAAGACAGACCUGACCAGCUGCUACCAGGAGCAUCGGGGUUGUGACAGGAGGGUACUAAGUGUACAUGUGGUUGGAUUUGGUGAGAAGGAGACCGACUCUGUGCCUUCUCAAACAUCCGCCGAAGAAUCCGAAUCUUGUUAUGGCAACAUUACCAGCUUCAUCUUCCUUCCCCCUUCGCCGCUCAUGGCAGACGCCGUGCCAAUCAGCGACAUCCAUAGCUUUACUUCCACCUUAAAACUGCUACCAUACCACAAGAUCAUCAAGUGAGAGACGGGACAGGAAUGUCACUAUUGGGUGAUGAGCGGUGUGCUUCUACCAUCGGCAACGUGUGUAAUGUGUGUGCUGCUGGUGCUCACUGUAGCAUGGCCAGAAUUGAAAGGUGAAAACCUAAUUCUGAUGAAACUUUCUGUAGAGAUGCAGAUUUUUUUUAAACCUAGACAUUUUAUGCUGCUCUUAUCCUGAAUGGACUUUUGGAGUACCAAAAUAUUUUACAAAUCCUGGGAUUCGGAUACAGUACAAGAAAAGCAUGCACAUCUUUUAUGGUGAGAAGUCUUCUCUGUGCACAGCGACAUGAUGGAAGGUGUCUGAAUGAAGAAUUUGGAGUUUUAGUAUCUAAUUUCCAGCAUUCUUUGUUCAGACAUCUUUCUGAAUGUCCAGUCAGGUUUCGUCUCAAAGCUCGAGCGGAGAGAAGAAUAAUGUAAUUGUAUUCAUUUAGGAUUCCCAUCACAUUUGUUCUCUCCUUCAUUGUGAUGCACAGUUAUAUUUUCUUCUCAAUCUGUAGAUCAAUGCUUUCUUUUCUACUUUAAAUGAAACUCAGGCAAACAAUUUUUUUUAUUUUUCUUCUUCGAGGGGUUAGAACAUUUGUCUGUUUUUGUGCUGGUGUGUGUCCCCAUUAAAUAAAUGUGCCCUCACUUCCUGUGCCAGAGACAUAACAGGAAGUGCGAUGCCCACCUCAGUGAAAGGGAAAAUACCAUCUUUGACAAUUACCAGGAGAGAUUUAUUUGUCCUUUUACUCCUGUUCAAGUGCAACAGUAACAUUGUAAUGAUCGCUAGGACAGAAAGCAAGUUUUCCCAGUGGGGACAAAUAUAGCAAUUAAAGUAAACAUGACAUAUGUUCUAAUCUAAACUCUCUCCACUUUAUGCAAAUAUAGAAAAUUGCCGAUUUUAUUUUAAACCUAAAGUGCCCCUGUGCUUUGUCCAUGCAGGGCAAUCCAACAGGUUCACUUUAAUCCCCCUUCCUCAGGAGCACAUGACAUUUUAGUUGUUUUAAUUUCCUCUCUGCUCCAUUCAGUUGCUCGGUGUAAGAUUUGAGCCACAUAUAUUGUAACUACACAUGGCUAUGGUUUCUUCUAUGGAACAGCACUGGUGAUUGGCUGGGUGCGGUCACAUAAUGGAUCACACCUCUUACUCCAUACCUGGGUGUAGCGGGUAUUUUUCUCCCAGCAGCUGAAUGGAGCAGCGGAGAAAAGUAGGCAAGGCGAGAGCAGCAGGUAAGGGACUUAUUUAUUGCUUUCCAAUCCGCUGAUAUAAACAACAUGUGCAUUUUUAAUAAAAAUGGAAUGCUGUGUA